AUGAUUCAGACCCGAGGCCGCAACGGGCGGAAUGCCAUCAUUCAUCUGCUUUGGAUCAACAUCAUUGUCGUCCUGUUGAACAUCCUGCUUCUUCUUACGGAGUUCAAGCUGCACUACAUUCAAGUGAGCUUCAAGACCGUAGUAUACAGCAUCAAGCUGAAGUUGGAGUUUUCUGUGUUCAAUCGCCUCCGGUCGUUGAUAAGCACGCAGCCCAGUCUGUCUCACUAUGAGCCCGAAGACUGGCGCAGGCCCAGCAAGACAAGUCUGCUCGACAAAAUAUUUCCAUGGGUGUCUGUCACGCCGGAUAGAAAUUUGAGAUCUGAAGCUGGUCGAAGAGAUGCGUCACAAGGGGCGCGUACAGAUUUAACCGAGGGAAACGUGAGCCCUGGAAGUACUUUGUUUACACGACUUUCGGCCACUUUCCCCACAGCCUCGUCAAACAGUCUACCCGCGCUGGAAUUGGAUCUGUCUCAGCUCUCACCCAGAUUGGAUGUAUGA